AUGGGAUUCCUGCAGCAGCAAAAGACAAUCCUCAACAAGGAUACAACAAAGAACAUAUGGGAUUCUUUGAAACAGAAGUAUCAAGGUACAACACGAGUAAAGCGUGCUCACUUGCAAGCUCUCCGGAAGGAGUUUGAAAUUCUUCACAUGAAGGCAGGGGAAUCUGUGAAUGAGUAUUUUGCACGGACUCUUACCAUAGCCAACAAGAUGAAAGCAAAUGGUGAUGACAAGGGAGAUGUUGCUGUAGUUGAAAAGAUUUUGAGAUCCAUGACUCCAAAGUUUGAUUAUGUUGUGUGUUCCAUUGAGGAGUCUAAGAAUAUAGACACCUUAACCAUUGAUGAGUUGCAAAGCAGCCUACUUGUGCACAAACAAUGCAUGAGUUCUCAUGAGGAAGAAGAACACGCUUUGAAAAUUACACAUGGAGAACAAUCUGGAGGAAUGGGUUGA